AUGGCUGUUUUUUUCCUUCUCUGCUUCGACAGGAAAAAGUGGUCACUUGAAGAUUUUGAUAUAGGCAAGCCUUUGGGGAAGGGGAAGUUUGGAAAUGUUUACUUGGCUAGAGAGAAGCAUAGUAAAUACAUAGUAGCUUUGAAGGUGUUAUUUAAGUCACAGUUACAGAAAUCUGUAGAACAUCAACUAAGACGUGAAAUAGAAAUACAAUCACACUUGAGACAUGACAAUAUAUUACGUCUGUUUGGAUACUUUCAUGACAAAACUAGAGUUUAUUUGAUCUUGGAGUAUGCACCAAAAGGAGAACUGUACAAGGAGUUGACAAAACAGAAAAGAUUUGAUGAAAAAGUUACCGCUAAGUAUAUCUACCAGUUAGCCAAUGCGCUGAAAUACUGUCACAGUAAGAAAGUUAUACACAGGGAUAUCAAGCCAGAGAACCUGCUACUAGGACUUACCUCAGAUCUUAAGAUUGCCGACUUUGGGUGGUCUGUACACGCUCCAUCUUCAAGGAGAACAACUCUAUGUGGGACACUAGACUACCUUCCACCAGAGAUGAUUGAGGGGACUUACCACGAUGAAUGUGUCGACCUCUGGAGUCUGGGUGUACUCUGCUAUGAAUUGCUGGUCGGCAAACCGCCAUUUGAGACAGAGAGUAAUUCAGAAACUUACAGAAGAAUAACAAAAGUAGACAUAAGAUACCCAUCUUACGUCUCGCCUGGUGCUAGGGAUCUCAUUUCUAGUCUGUUAAAACACGACCCACGGCAGCGACUGUCUUUGGAGAAAACAAUGACACAUCCGUGGAUUUUAGAGAACUACACACCAAAAGAACAGUCUCGCUAACAGUGUUUGUAACACGGAAAUAGAAAACCGAGACUAAAAUGGACCACUGUGAUAAUUUGCAGGCAAUAAAGUAAGAGUCGUGAGUGUGAAAUAUCAACAGAACAGAUUUGAUCACCGAGUUGCAUAAUUUAUCAAGAUGUAUUUAGUUUUAGUGUUUCAGAUAUUUAAGUGUUUUGCAUAUAUAAUUUAAUAAAAUAUACUGAAAAAUACAGUACAAUGAAUUUAAUUUGUCAGAAUACAUUACAGAAUUGUGGAGUAUGAAGUUUUACAUAACUUGUAUGAUGAUUUUUUAUUGUUCAUUUCUGUAUUUUGUAUGUAUGAAUUGACUCAUUAUCAAGGGUUGAACCACAUUCCUAAUGGCAAAAAAAUCUUACUUGCAAAAUGAAUCCUACAUAAGCAUUUUUUUCUGUUUUAUUUAAAGGGUUUAUUUGAAUUGAGCAAUCUCGUUUGUCAGAUUUGUAAAAGAGAAAGCCAGUGUUUAAAAUUUUAGUGUGCAAUGUUUCUGAAAAGACAACAUGCAAACCAUGUAAGUAAUGUGCUUUGAAGAUGAGAGUGCUCUUUUAUUAUUUCUUUAACUUUGAAUUUGCAAAAAUUAGCCAGAAUAAAAAUUUGUUAGUUAAAAUUGGUGUCUAAAGCCUUUUAAAAUUGAUAGCAAGAAAUGUAUUUUCCAUAAAAAAAUAAAACUGUGGUCCACAGAAAAGUUUUACUUUCAGACAGGCUUAUUAUUUUCAAGAUGCAGAAUUUGAGAAUAGUUUAGUUUGGAUAAUGGAACUGAUCUGAAAGUUCCAAUGAGUCCUGCCAUGGGCCUUACAAAUACAUUUUUGUAUUCGGUAGCAAGGUUUCAUAAAAUUGAAUUUAUUUUGUCAGAUCAAAUAUGUAGUCUUCUUUUUUCCUAUUAACUUACAAAUUCCCUAUGGGGUAGACAUGUAAAUAAUAUGUAUUGAAUUAAUCACAAAAUGCAUUUAUUUUAGGACAUAGGCUGUGAUGUGAAAUCUUCUUCUUUUACGAUAAUGGCCUCGUUCAAUUACUGAUACAUUUUGGCCAUGUGUGAGGGGUUACAAGUGAAAGACUUUAAUAGGGAGGAAGCAUAGUGACUAUGAUGAAAAUUUCACUUUGUGGCCUCUGUCCAACUACUAGUGUUUUUAUUACUUUUACAGUGCAGAUAUAAAUUGUUAUGCCUCUUAAUAAAUUGUACAGUUUGUACACUCUUCAUGAAAAAGUACUGGAAAAAUAAAAAAAAUUAAUUUUGAUUGGUUGAAAAAAAGUACCGGUUAACAUUUAUACACGUUUGCACCAAAAGUGACUAACUGCAUCGACAAAAAGAAGCAGGUAGCUACUUUUUGUGCUAAUGUUAAAGUUAAUGAUAUGAUUGCUAAUGGAUAUGUCAGAUUGAGUGAAAGUGUAUGUGUUAAUGUUACGCCAUGCAAGUAUAAGUGGAUGCGGGGGCUCUGCAUAUACAGUCAGUGCCAGCUUUCAAGUUCUGUGUGCAGUGUGUACUUUGUAUUUAUUUUUCUGAACGAAAUUUUAAACGAUGCUAUGCUUAUUUUUUUUUUAUUUGUUUAUGGCUGAUUUUUCCUUUAGUAUAAAUGCACUAUCACAAAUUCUUGGAUGAGUAAUGGGUGUAAAAAAACAUUUCAUUUCAUUUGUUCCUUUACAUUAUGCAUGUACAUCUUUCUGUCUCUGUCAAUUUGUUUUAGUACCUUACUUUCUCAAAUCUGCAUUUCGUCAUCUUUCUUCCUAUCUGUUCAUUUGUCAGAUCACUGGAUGCAUGUAUGUGUGUUAUGUUUUUAUCUGAUUCAUCAGACAUAAUGUCAAAAUUAUAUAUAAGUAAAUCGGGAUUUGUUAUGUUUGCAAUAUUCAUUAUUAUACCAAUUACUUUCAGAUAUAUGUCUUGAUCAUUUUUCAUCCUUCAUUUCAAAAUUGUUGUCAGUUUGACAUUCCAGUUACAUUGUAAAGCCUGCUAGGGUAGGGAGAUAGGGAUUUCAGAGCUAUCUUGGUCUCACUGUGAUUGUAAAAACUAUGUGAGAAGUUAUAAGGAAAACUGAUACACAUGAGUAAACCUGUAUCAACUCCAUUACUUAGUUAGUGAAUCUAGAUUUCUUACAAAAUUUAAAAAAAAAUAAGUUAUUGUUGGAUUGACAACAAUUUUGGAACACAUGCAAGUAUGAAAUCGGAUGUUUUUCUCAAUUGACUUGUAUAAAUAUUGUCAAACAGAUUUGAAUAUGGCUGGUUAUUUUGAGAAAAAAUGAUCUGAUUUUAUUGUAUCAUUAGUAUAAUUGUAAAUAAGUUUGUGUCAUAAAUUUUUAUGUUUUUGCUACUUUUGUUUAAAAAAAGGGAAAGCAGACUUUUAUUAUUAUAUACUAUUCAGAAACAACAAAAUGAAACUGAAUUAAGUUAGUUUCAAUUAUGUGUGUUGUCCUAUGAAAAAAAGCAACUUCUUUAAGAUCAGCCUUUGCCUUUGACAUUUCAAGUUAAUAUACCUGGUAUAUUUAAUAUACCGUACCUAGUACAAAGUUAAUUUGUUUUAAGUAUUUGCUUCAUUUUUAGUAUACGCCUGUGAAAUGGGACAUAUUAUUUGACUUGUAGCAGCAGGCAGGUGGCAUCUGCUAAAGAUGUCCGCAUUCUAAAUUAAGCAGUUGUUAUCCAUUGUUCACCAAACUGGGUCACAAUGUUUAUGGGCAUAACAUCUUGACUAAGUUCAGUAACCAUCCGGAUUGUCUUUGUGGUCCUGGGGUUAUGGCCCUUGAAUGACGAAUGAUUGAGAAAAUUGACAGUCUGCUGUCUAAUUUGAGUAGUUGUUAUCAAAUGUUUACCCCAAAUUUAUAAUGUCUGUGGGUAUAUUAUCUUGACUAAGUUCAGUAAACAGUCAGGUAUCCUUUGUUGUUCUGGAGUUAUAGCCCUUGAAUCAGUCGAAAUUGAAGAAGUUGCCGAUGAUUGUGACAGUUUGGUACUUUUGGUUAGAAACACAUAAACAUAUACAAAAAAAUGAAAUGAGGCAAAACCUCAAAGUCAGCUAGAGGAAAUCAGAAUUAACAUGUUUUUAAAUUUUCACUUAAAAAUGUUUAAUUUAGUGUUAUACCUAGUAGAGUGAAUAUCAUACAUUGCAAUAUUACAGGGAAGCUAAUGUCACGGUGACAUCGUUCACUAUUGGUCAAGUUUUCUUUAGGAGUAUUCCAGUUUCUUCUAAACUUUAUGUUUAAUUGAAAAAGAAUGAAAUUAUUUUUUGCCAGUAACUGGAAACCUUUCGUAGGAUUUUUGAGUGUUGAAUAAGCAAUCUGAUGAUGUGCUGUCUUCACUGUGGAGAAAAGACAUUCUCACCGACAGGUGGGCCUUAGUUUUAAAAACCAUCGCUAUACAUAUGUGAAAGUAUACUCGUGUUUUCAGAAAGCUCGAGUCUUUAGCUCGCUAUAAGUCGGAGUCUAGGAAAGUCAGCUGGAUGUUUCCUGGUUAUGGUGAAAAGUCUUGUGUAUAAUUUUGAUUUCCUACAUUUAUAUUAAUCACAGUGCUAUAUUUGUAUAUAUGAAUUUUAAUUUAGCACUGAAACAUUUCAGUUGAUGUUUCAUUUAUCUCUUACUGACUUUGUAUACUGGAAAAUGACUUAGUCAAUGUGUAUAGUAUAUGUAUAUUAGUCACUGAUACCUGUUCUUUCAUGUGUACUGAAGACUUCUUGGAAUAAAGUUAUUGAAUCAUGA